UCCUACAGCUGUCUGACGUGUCUCAUAUCGCUGCUAUUUAACAUAAAUCUCACGACCAUAGGCUACUUUUACUGUCUAUGGCUAUUAUUCGGGCACAAGAGUAGGCGGCUGUGGCCUUUUCGUUACCUAGGUGUGACAGCAAAGAAUCAAGAUGCUUUCUUCAUCGUUUAUGAACGAUUCACGUUCAAGCAAAUGGUAAUUAAAUGGUGACUUUGAGUCAUACGGACGCAGAUGCAUGUGGCUGGAGAUAAACACUAGAUAGCCAGUCCUUAAACUGCCACACACAUUUACAAUGGCGCGAUUAGAAAGCGAAUCGCUAUCUGUUUGACCAAUUGAACCGAUCAAAGUGCAAACAAGACAAACGCGAGGCUUCAGUCAGAGAAUGUGAGGAAGAGGAAUCGUUUGCUACAGGGAUCACUAUUGACCACUUAAUGGGCACAGAUAACGUUUCAGAUUUAAAGGAGAAGGAGGCGAAGUCUCAAUGGAAGGAGUUUAUCGAGGAUAUCAGUGUUUUACAACUGGUGCUUUCAUUUCUGUUUUUAGGAGUGGCCUGUGUACUGCUGAUGAUCUACUUGAUGUUCACCUCUCUGUGGCUCAUCCCCGUUCUCUACAUCUCCUGGCAGAUCUAUGAUUGGCAAACACCUGAGCGAGGUGGCAGAAGAACAAAGUUUGUGAGAAACUGGGAAGUAUGGAAACACUUCCGAGACUAUUUUCCUGUGAAGCUGGUAAAGACUGCUGAACUGAAUCCCAGUAAGAACUAUAUUUUGGGUUGUCACCCUCAUGGCAUCAUGUGUGUGGGAGCAUUCUCAUGCUUCGGCACAGACCAUAAUGGAUUUGCGGAAACCUUUCCUGGAAUACGCUCCACAAUUGCAAUCUUGGCUGGACUUUUCCGCCUUCCUCUCUUCAGAGAAUAUGUUUUGUGUGCAGGUCUGUUGCCUGUUAGUAAGGAGAGUUUGGAUUACUUGCUGAGCCGUACUGGUGUGGGUAACGCUGUGGUCAUCAUCAUUGGUGGGGCAGAGGAAUCACUUACCUCGUCUCCAGGAGUAAACACAGUAGUCAUGAAACACAGGAAAGGCUUUGUACGACUGGCCCUUAAGCAUGGGGCUGACCUGGUUCCUGUGUACUCCUUUGGCGAGAACGAGCUGUUCCCGCAGGUUGUUCUGUCUGAGGGCAGCGUGGGUCGACGGCUACAGGCUCUCUUUAAGCAGAUCAUGGGUUUUGCUCCUUGUCUCUUCACUGGGGGGCGCUGGCUGCUCCUGCCAUUCAGACGUCCUGUCACAACCGUGGUGGGCCAUCCCAUUACUGUGCCUCAGGUUGAAAGUCCAUCUCAGGAACAGGUGGAUCAUUACCACAGUUUAUACAUGACGGCUCUGUCUGAACUUUUCCACAGACACAAGACCAGCUGCGGACUGGCAGAAACACACGAGCUGCGCAUCAUAUAGAAAUGUUGGAAAACACAAAAAUUAAUGAAACCGCUGUCUGGAAUAUAAUGUGGGAGAGAUACGAGAAGAGGAAAAUGUACAUAUUUUU